CAGGUUACAGAAAAGAUGGAAAAAAGGACGUGUGCCCUCUGCCCUGAAGGCCAUGAGUGGAAUGUGAUAUACUUUGCACCAUCAGCAAAUAUAGCUGCUCAUGAAAAUUGUUUGCUGUAUUCAUCAGGACUGGUGGAAUGUGAGGAUUAUGAUCAGCGUAGUACAGGUAGAAACUUUGAUGUGGAAUCAGUAAAGAAAGAGAUCAGGAGAGGAAGAAGAUUGAAAUGCUCACUUUGUAAAAACAGAGGAGCCACCGUGGGAUGUGAUGAAGCAUCCUGUGCCAAGAAAUACCACUUACUCUGUGGCAAGGAGGACAAGGCAGUUCUGCAAGUUGAUGGAGCUCACGGAACCUACAAGUUAUUUUGUGAACAGCAUGCUCCAGAACCAGAAGAGCCCACUCAAAGUGUUGCAGUUGUCAGAGUUCCUUUUCUAAAGAAAUGCAAGGAAGCAGGACUUCUUAACGAAUUAUUUGAAGGAAUACUAGGAAAAAUAGAUUCAAUUCAUGGAAGACUCAUUGAUGAGAGAGCUUCAGAAUCAGAGUAUGAAGAGAUUGAGAUCUUACUGUUUGACAGUGGAUUAUUUGAAGACACAUUAAUGAAAUUCCAAGAAGUAAUAAGGAGUAAAGCCUAUGAACAUGAAGAAAGGCAGAGGCACCUGAAGCAGCAGCUUGAGGUACUUGGAGACUUAAAACAAAUCUUGUGCUCACUUCAAGAAAAUGUAGACCAGGACCACUUGAGUUCUACUUCAAGAUCCUUGGAGGACAACCAGUUCAAGUGCCAGGAGUCUGCUGAGAUGCAAACAGGCUCAGCAGACAGCCUGUGA